ACUUUAUAACUUUUAUGAUUAUUUUGGUCUAAUUUUCGUAAUCAUUUACUCCCCCAUCCUCGACUGCUGUACUGCCGAUGCUAGUAGAACAUACAUAGUAGUCGGGCUUGUGUUUCUAAACAUCAGAUUGUAUGAGUAACUAACGUAUGAACGAAACCAGGUGUCGCUAGCGUUCUGAUAUCAGAAAAGAACAAUUUUUACUUUUGAUGCUCUCUCUCUUGAAAACAGUGACAUUUUGCAGGCCUAUUGUACAUGUUUCAAAUCCAGUUAUUUGAAUUAACCUUCAAUACACAAACUUUAAAGCUCCUUAAGUUGUGAAGAAGCAUGACUCUAGUCAUGCAAGAGGACCAAGGAGGUGGGGGAGAUUCCCCUCAAGAUAAUAACCCUGUUCAAUCACCCCAGACUACAACAGACUCUCCUCUUUAUCCUCCUCCAGAAGAGACUGAAUCAAGUGGAGAGCAAGAUGCAGAUAACCAUAAAUUGUUGGAGGGACAGGAACCAGACUUUCCUCAUGCUGAAUUAGCUCGACUAGAUGAGAUGAUAAACAGACCUCGGUGGGUGGUUCCUGUGCUACCAAAAGGAGAAUUAGAAAUACUUUUAGAUGCAUCUAUUGACUUGUGUAAAAAAGGUUUAGAUACCAGGAGUGAAGCUUGCCAAAGAUUCUUUAGAGAUGGUCUGACAAUAUCUUUUACAAAAAUAUUAACAGAUGAAGCAAUGAGUGGAUGGAAAUUUGAGAUACAUAGGUGCAUAAUGAAGAACACAGAAAGGCUGAUAGAACUUUGUGUCACAAAGCUAAAUCAGGACUGGUUUCCACUCUUGGAUAUGUUAGCUGUGGCUCUUAAUCCUAACAGCAAAUUCCACACCUUUAAUGCCACUAGACCUUCAGAGUCUGUUCCUCCUGGAUCACAAUUUUCAGACACGGAGCUAUAUGCACGGCCUCCAGAUGUGCGUACUCCAAGAGGCUGGUUGGUUGAUCUUAUCAAUAGGUUUGGAGUUUUAAAUGGAUUCAACAUUCUCUUAGAGCGAUUUCAAAGUGGGCCUGCACUUUCAAUUCCUGUAAUUGCAGCAUUAAUUAGGCCUUUUGGACUUUGCUUUGAAAUGCUAACGGUACACACCAUUGAAAAAUAUUUUAUGCCUAUUGUUGAAGUAAUUCCUGCUUUCUUGGACAACCUGACUGAUGAGGAACUCAAAAAAGAAGCCAAAAAUGAAUCCAAAAAUGAUGCACUUUCAGGAAUAGUAAAAUCAUUGAAAUGUUUGUCAUCACGAGUUCCUAAUCAGGAAGAAACUGUGAAGAACUUGGAAAUAUUUCGGUUAAAAAUGAUAUUAAAGUUGUUACAGAUCUCCUCCUUUAAUGGGAAAAUGAAUGCUCUUAAUGAAGUUAACAAGGUGAUAGCUAGUGUGUCUUAUUAUUCCCAUCGCCAUACAGGUAUUGAGGAGGAAGAGUGGCUUACAGCAGAAAGAAUGGCAGAAUGGAUUAAAGAGAACAAGGUUCUUCAAAUUGUACUUAGAGACAGCUUACAUCAACCUCAGUACGUGGAGAAGCUAGAAAAAAUCAUAAGAUUUAUCAUAAAAGAAAAGGCAUUGACCUUGGAAGAUCUGGAUGAUAUCUGGGCUGCUCAAGCAGGAAAACAUGAAGCUAUUGUGAAGAAUGUUCAUGAUCUUCUAGCUAAACUUGCUUGGGAUUUUACUUUGGAACAACUAGACCAUUUAUUUGAAUGUUUCAGAGCAAGCUGGACCAAUGCCACUAAAAAACAAAGAGAAAAACUUUUAGAGCUGAUCCGAAGGUUAGCGGAAGAUGACAAAGAUGGGCUUAUGGCUCACAAGGUUCUUAAUCUUUUAUGGAACCUUGCCCACAGUGAUGAUGUACCCACGGAUAUUAUGGAUCAAGCACUAACUGCUCACGUGAAGAUCCUUGAUUAUAGCUGUUCACAGGAAAGAGAUGCACAGAAAACUUACUGGCUGGACCGGUGUGUAGAAGAAUUAAGGGCAGAUCGAUGGGUUAUACCAGCAUUGAAGCAAAUACGGGAAAUCUGUUGCUUGUAUUCCGAGGCUCCCCCCAACUGUAACCAUGCUCAGCGCUUACCUCAAAUGUUUUAUCGCCAUGAAGUCAUCAACAGGCUGCAACAACAUCAUUCUCUAGUCAUUUUAGUGGCAGAUAAUCUCACCACAUACAUGAAUAUAGCCAGAGCACUGGCUAAGGAAUAUCCAGAACUUGAUCCCAAUGCACUUUCUCUAGAUAGUCGCUAUACUCAUGUGCAGCAAGUCCAAGAACGGCUCAACUUUCUUAGGUUCUUGUUGAAAGAUGGACAGCUGUGGCUCUGUGCACCCCAGGCAAAACAGAUUUGGAACUGUCUAGCAGAGAAUGCAGUUUACACAUAUGACAGAGAAGCUUGUUUUAAGUGGUUUUCAAAGUUAAUGGGAGAAGAGCCUGACCUUGAUCCUGAAAUCAACAGAGAUUUCUUUGAAAACAACAUUCUUCAUUUAGACCCCAGUCUUCUAACUGAGAGUGGGAUGAAAUGUUUUGAUAGAUUUUUUAAAGCAGUUAACUCCAAAGAAGAAAAACUACUACCAAAGAGAAGGGCACUUUUGAUGGAUGAUUUAGAACUAAUAGGUUUAGACUACCUCUGGAAGGUGGUUUUAUGCAGUGGGGAAGAAAUUGCUAACAGGGCAAUAGAACUUCUUAAAGAAACCUAUACAAAUUUGGGUCCAAGGCUGCAGGCCAGCCAACUAGCUAUUCAUGAAGAUUUUAUCCAGUCAUGUAUGGAUCGCUUGAAAGCAGCCUUUGAUACUGUAUCUGUUCUUGAAAGGGAUAAAGAUAGUCUGAAUAGGCAACGUCAGGAGACCACACGUAUGAUACGUGUCUUGAAAGUAUUGUAUGAGUACAUAGCCCAGUGUGAUGGUGAUUAUGAUGAGGAGAGAACUGUUUUACCUAUGGCCAGGGCACACCGUGGAAAACAUGUAGUUCUGACUGUGAGGUUUCCUAACCAGGGACAUCAUGUAGAUGAUCUUGAUGUUUGGACUCACACAAAUGAUACUUUGGGUUCAGUGAGGCGACAAAUUUUAAUGAGAGUGAAGGGUAACAAUCCCCAUGUGAAGGUUGAACUUUUUAUAAAUGGAGAGAUACAAGACCCAGCUAAUGACAAGAGACUACUUUCACAACUUCCACAAAGGGACAAAUUGAUCCUUUCAGCAAAACUGAGUCAGGCUAACACCAAUAUGCCAUCAUCUCCUGAUUCUAGCUCAGACAGCUCUGAAGGUUCCCCACAAAAUCCAUUUGAUGGUCCAAACAUUGAAGCUGAAGGAUGCCUUCCUGGAGUGUUGAUGGCUCAACAACCUGAUUAUGUAAAGUUCCUGCUCCAGUUGGCUGAUCUUGGAAGUUCUCGUAACAUUCCAGCUUUGAGGGACAGAGCUCGUGCUAUGUUGAAGCUAAUGCCUGCAGAUGCACACACUGCAGAAGGAUUGCGAGCUAUAUGUCUGAAUAAUGCUAAACUAUGUGAUCAGUCUCUUUCACCAACUUUGGAAUCUGUUUUCUUUGAUCCUUCUCCCUCUCAAGUUCUUUACUACUUGGAGGUUGUUUAUACCUUGUUAAUGCCUGCCCAUAACACACUAUCUGAAGAGACACAACUUUUCCAAUUCAAUUUUUUUAAAAGUGGGGGAGUGAAAUGUGUUUUGGGAAUGUUGACAAAAAACAACUUCCUUCCACAUGCUGAUAUACCAACUAAAAGAGCUGCUUACUUAAUGGUGCUGAAGCUUGCCAAACUCCUGUUUACUGUUGUUACCAAUUGUAUAGUUCAAGUGGCUAUUGACAACUGCCAAAACCAGAAAUCUAUCAAUGCACAGUUGACUGGAAAGGCAGAGAUGCUAACCCAAGCCAGAAUGCAUAUACCUAACCCUAACUCUGAAUACAUGUUACGAAGCAUUGCAAUGAGACUAAGUCACAUGCUGCAUGAACAGGGUACAGGUCCAUUACCAGAUCUUUGUACUGUUAGAGCUAUUAUCAAGUUAUGCUGGGCGUCAUCUUGUGGUUCACUUCAACUGGUGCAAGCUGCUAAUGAAGCCCUACACCAACAACAAGAAAAGGUGUCAAGGCCAAUUGACCCAGAAGAUGCUCAGGUGUGUAGAGAAGCUCUGGAGGUGCUGUCAGUCACAUUAGCUCUUUGUCCAGAAUCACUGGAUACUUUAAUGAAAGAUAAGAACUGGCAUUUGUUUAUUUUGGACUUGUUACUCAUCUGUAAAAACAGAUCUAUUAGGGUAUCGGCUACAGAACAGUUUACUUUGGUGGCUACAAAAUGUUAUCCAGGACACCAGCCUCUAGUCUUUUUUAUAACAUUACUUUUCACUCAGCUGAAGACCACAGUACGAGAAAAUGCCAGAAAUUCUCAUGAGUUCUUUCAAUUGUUGUGUCGUCUCCUGAACUAUGCCAGUGGAAGUAAUUGCCCGCUUCCUACAGCUCAAAAUCUACUGCAUGCUGAAAUUGACUGGUUGAAGGAGGUGCGGGAAAACAUCAUGACUACGGGCAGUAGCCAAGUAGAUGAAGUACUUUUGGAAGGACACCUAGGAAUUACACGUGAACUUGUUUCUUUUCUUGGUCCAGAGAAAAAAUUUGAGGUUGGAGCUGAACCCUCUUUCAAACGAGGAAAUUUAAUUAAAGAAUUGAUGGAAGAUUUUAUUUUCCCUGCUUCACGGGUCAUAGUUCAGUUUCAGAGAAGUGGUGGUGAGCUCCCUGGAGAACAGGCUAUUCCAGUUUGUUCCUCCUCAGCUUCAGUACUUGCAGCCUUUGAUCUGCUGGCAGCACUUUGUACAGGCUGUGUUCCAAAUCUUCGUAUUCUUGCAGACAUGUUAACCGAAAUGUUUUAUUCUGAAAAUGAACAGGCAUUGACAGAAUGGGAGUAUCUCCCCCCAGUAGGUCCACGUCCACCAAGGGGUUUUGUGGGCCUUAAGAAUGCAGGUGCUACUUGCUAUAUGAACUCAGUAUUACAACAGUUGUAUAUGAUAGAAGAAGUAAGAAAUGAAAUUCUCGCUGUCGAAGGAGCUGCCACUGAUCCUAAUGAAGACUUUUCUGGAGAAGAAAGAUUAGAUAAUGAGGCUCAAAGUAAUGUUGAGACUGGAGAAAGUGAGCAGUUUGAUGAGAAGCAUCCAAAUAGAGAAGGUUCAAGAAAGGAGUACAAUUUAGGUGUGCUAAAACAAGUACAGGCUAUUUUUGGUCACCUGGCAUGUAGCAAACUACAGUACUAUAUACCUCGAGGAUUCUGGAAACAUUUUAAGCUUUGGGGUGAACCUGUCAAUCUUCGAGAGCAGCAUGAUGCCUUAGAGUUUUUUAACAGUCUUGUAGAUAGUUUAGAUGAGUCCUUAAAGGCUUUGGGCCAACAUAGCAUUUUAUCCAAAAUAUUAGGUGGAACAUUUGCUGACCAAAAAAUUUGUAAGGACUGUCCACACAGAUAUUCAAGGGAAGAGUCUUUCACUACUUUAAAUAUUGACAUCCGAAACCACAGUAACUUACAUGAUUCCCUUGAACAGUAUGUGAAAGGGGAUCUUUUGGAAGGAGCUAAUGCUUAUCAUUGUGAAAAAUGUAAUAAAAAGGUGGAUACAGUUAAAAGAUUGUGCAUAAAGAGAUUGCCUCUUGUGCUUGCCAUUCAGUUAAAAAGGUUUGACUAUGACUGGGAACGAGAGUGUGCUAUCAAAUUUAAUGAUUAUUUUGAAUUUCCUCGAGAAUUGGACAUGGAGCCAUACACUGUAAGGGGACUUGAAAAAAUGGAAGGUGAGAUAGUUGAAGACGUGAUUGAAGGAGAAAAUGAGUGUACCAAAUAUAUUCUGAAUGGAAUAGUUGUACACAGUGGACAAGCUAGUGGGGGUCAUUACUACUCUUAUAUUUUACACAGACAUAGUGAUGGAACACAUCGAUGGUACAAGUUUGAUGAUGGGGAAGUCACUGAAUGUAAGAUGGAAGAUGAUGAGGAAAUGAAAAAUCAAUGUUUUGGAGGAGAAUAUAUGGGAGAAGUGUUCGACCACAUGUUGAAACGGAUGUCUUACAGAAGGCAGAAACGAUGGUGGAAUGCUUACAUCCUAUUUUAUCGAAGACAAGAUGUAGAACUUAACAGUCUGACGUCUAGUUUGCAUAAACUCUCUUUAGAUAGUAAAAACAAUACCAUCAGGAUGCCUCUAGCUAUUGAACAAAGUGUGAGACGGCAAAACACCAAGUUUAUGCACAACAGAAAUCAGUUCAGUAGCGAGUACUUUCAGUUCAUGAAGAAACUGAUUAGUUGUAAUGCUCCUUAUGUUUUACUCCAACCAGGUCAAGACAAGCUGGGCCCAGAACCAGAAGAGCUAGCCAUGAUAAGUGUGCAGCUAGCUGCUAAGUUUCUUUUUACUACAGGAUUUCACACAAAGAAAACUCUGAGAGGUCCUGCUAAUGAAUGGUAUGAUGCCCUUUGUUUACAUCUUCGAAAUAGCCGCAACGUUCGUCGGUGGUUUGCAAAUGCAGCUCUGUUUGCUCACCCCCAUCGAUUCUGUGAAUAUCUUCUGGAAUGUCCUAGUUCUGAGGUCCGCAGUGCCUUUGUGAAGAUCAUUGUGUUUUUGGCUCAUUUUUCUCUUCAGGAUGGACCUUGCCCUACUCCUGUUCAUUUUACUUCCCCUCCAGCAGAUCCCAAUGCAACUUUAUCAGAUCACCUUCUACAAGCUGUUCUCUCCCUCUUGAAAAAAGAAGUUUCAGAGUAUGGUCGGCACUUGACACAGUAUUUCAGCCUGUUUGUGAUGUAUGCUUCUCUAGGAGUAGCAGAGAGAACUCAGCUGUUGAAAUUGAAUGUCCCAGCUACCUUUAUGCUGGUAGCUCUAGAUGAGGGUCCUGGCCCCCCCAUUAGGUACCAAUAUGCUGAACUGGGUAAAUUACAUCAAGUAGUCAGUAUUUUGGUACGUUGCUGUGAUGUGUCUUGCAAAACCCAGUCUUCUACACAGGAGAAUCAACCACUCCCUAAUCCACAUGCUGGUGAUCAGGUGUGUGCUAACUAUAUUAUGUUAAUUCAACCUCAGGUUGCUGACAUUCUCUACAACAAAACUAGUUAUGUGAAGAAGGUGAUUGAGGACUCGAGUGCAUCCGAAGACACAGCAAAGCUAGUAAAGUUCUGUUCCUGGGAGAAUCCUCACUUCUCUUCAGUGGUGCUGAGUGAACUUCUUUGGCAAAUAGCUUACUCUUAUACAUACGAACUGCGACCAUACCUAGACUUGCUGCUUCAUAUUUUGUUGUUAGAGGACUCGUGGCAAAAUCAUCGAAUUCACAAUGCUCUAAAAGGUAUUCCUGAUGAUCGAGAUGGCUUAUUUGACACAAUUCAACGUAGUAAGAAUCACUACCAGAAGAGGGCGUAUCAAUGCAUCAAGUGUUUGGUGACCUUGUUUACCUCUUGUCCAGCAGCUGCACAUAUGCUUCAUAGUAAUGGUGAUAUAAAAAGAAAAUGGACAAGUGCUGUAGACUGGCUGAAUGAUGAACUAGAGCGACGACCUUACCCAGCUAAUACCCAGUAUGGUUAUAGCAGCUGGUCACCACCUGCUCAGUCAAAUGAGACUUCCAAUGGGUAUUUCUUGGAGAGAUCACAUAGUGCACGUGUGACUUUAGCAAAAGCUUAUGAGCUCUGCCCAGAAGAGGAGCAGGAAGAACAAGAACUUUCUGAAGAAGGUGAGAGUCCUCCUCCCGAGGAAAAAGUUCCAAUAUGGCAGGGGGGGAUGCAGCACCCUAGUCCCCCACCACCUGCACCCCCUCCCAGUGUUAACUCAUAUCCAGUGAACUCUGUUGUACCUAAUCGUAUGGGUAACUUGUUAAUUGGUCCUUCAAGUGGGAGUCAGCAGCAGGCAACCAGUCCUUCUUAUCACUCCUCUGGGACAACCUCGGGAGUGGUCACUACAUCUAGUAUUUGUAACCAGGGAGUCAACACAAAUACAACCCCAGCUGGACCACCAGUAAGAACAACAACUUCAGUAAAUGUGACUUUGCAGCCUCCUACCACCCACCAACAACAAUCAUCUUCACAGGAAGGAACUGAACAGAAACAGGAUAGACUUGAUUAACUUGUUCUGACCACCAGUUAGUUUUUCUGUCAUGCAAGUAAGAAUUAUAGGAGGGGCAAGUGAGUGCAAAUCAAACAUUUAUGGCAGUGUUCUGGUCUUAGCAUAACAACUAAGCAUGGGAAGUAAAUGUUUUGACUGAUUUCUGGCCUUGUCAUCAAAGCAAGCUUAAAAAUCAGUGUUAUUUUUGUGGGUGACAAAGAUGUUGCAGUUUUUGAGAUUGAAUGGCUGGUAGCUUUGUUUAUCUAAUUUAUUUUUAAAGCAAGACAAGGGCUCUUUAAAUUCUCCCUUACACCACUUGAACUAUGUGGACUCAUGAAGAUUCAGUGAUAUCGGCUCACCUGACAAGAUAUUCAAAUUAGCUUUGUAAUUUAACUGCUUUCUUAGCUUUAGCUGGCAGCUUGUAUGGAUUGUAAAAAAAAAAUAAUAAUAAGUUUUUUCUCCAAGAGACACUCCGUAUCUUGUAAUUAAACUCAACUGUGACUUGAUUGUUCCAUAACCAUCUUUUCUGAUUUCAAAAUGGAGCAUAAAGUGAGAAAUUAGUAGUUAUUACUAAAACGUGAUUGUCCCAUGUAUUAUACAGUAACGUCUGUAGCCGUGUACAUUUUGUGUUUGUUUUCAGACACCCAACAGCUAAACGUCUACUUGCUAAGCACUUAUUCAUGAAACUGACAAAGUAAAUAGUUUGUAAAGCAGAUGAGCACAUAAUUUAUAUUGAGUUGUUUUGGUAAUCUAAGAAAAAUUGUACGUGCUUGAACCACUGCUAUAAUAAGAUGUACAUGUUAUGCAUGUGUGCUUUGACCCUGUAUAGACUGUUACAGUUUGGUGGCUAAGAAUGCUGCCCUAAUCAUGCCUCCAACGUUAUUCACCACAUUUUAACUAUAGAGUAGUGUAUUUUCUAAGAAUGGGUAUUGUCUUGUAAGCUGAAGCUAAAAAUACCUGAGUGUAAUAAACAAGUUUUUGUUCUUCA